AUGUUGAUACAUAUAGCAGUUUCGUGCUGCUUAGCGGCAGCAUGCCUAGCGACACCCCAAGGAUACGGCGCCCCCGGUGGCUCCGGUAGUUAUGGUGGCUCAGGUGGCUCCGGUAGUUAUGGUGGCGCCAACCGUAACUCCGUGGUUCAGGGCAGCGCCCUUCCUAUGAGGUUCUCAGUGUCGAAGGGCUCCCAAGGCAAGGGCUACCUCCCACCCUCCGCUGUAGCUACAGCGCAGCCCCAGUACCAGAGUGGAGGCAACGACUACCAAGGAGGAUCACAAUACCAAGGGUCUACAGGAUCAGGAUCAGGAAAUUAUCAGGGUAGUUCAGGAUCUUCCUACUCCGGUGGAGCCAGUCAAUACGGCAAUGGAGGAGGUUCCCAAUAUACGACGGAGGAUCCCUAUGCUGAACCAGCCAACUAUGACUUCUCCUAUGAGGUGAACGCCCCGGAGUACGCCGUCAUGUUCGGUCAUCAGGAGUCUAGGAGAGACAUGUUUGCUAGGGGCUCGUACAGAGUACUGCUGCCGGACGGCCGCACCCAGGUAGUCGAGUACGAGGCAGAUGAGGAGGGAUAUCGGCCUACGAUUACAUAUGAAGAGGCAACAGGCGGAUACCAGGGAGGAAAUCAAGGAGGAUAUCAAGGAAGUCAAGGAGGAUAUCAGGGAGGCAGCCAAGGAGGAUAUCAGGGUGGAAAUCAAGGAGGAUAUCAAGGAGGCAGCCAAGGAGGAUAUCAGGGUGGCAGCCAAGGAGGAUAUCAAGGAAGCAGCCAAGGAGGGUAUCAGGGAGGCAGUCAAACAGGAUAUCAGGGAAGUAGCCAAGGAGGGUAUCAGGGAGGCAGUCAAUCAGGAUAUCAGGGAAGCAGCCAAGGAGGGUAUCAGGGAGGCAGUCAAACAGGAUAUCAGGGAAGUAGCCAAGGAGGAUAUCAAGGAGGAAGUCAAGGUGGAUAUCAGGGAGGAAGCAGCCAAGGAGGAUAUCAGGGAGGAAGUCGAGGUGGAUAUCAGGGAGGAAGCAGCCAAGGAGGAUAUCAGGGAGGCAGCCAGGGAGGAUAUCAAGGAGGAAGUCAAGGUGGAUAUCAGGGUAGCAGAGCUAACGGAGUUCAGAACGGUGGAGGGUAUUCACAAAAGAAAAACGGAGGCAACGGAAAAUCGUCUUAAGGACAGAAAACUAUUUCAGGAAACCAGAGCGGUGGGUACCAAGGAUCUGGACAGGGGCAAGGUUAUAGAUACUAGAAACUAACACUUCUGAAAACUUUAGUUACCAUUGUUGUUAAAACCCAUUGUUUGUCAUGAUGAUGUAUGUGUAAAGUAUUAUCUAUGUGUAGCCAUGUAAAUAUGAGCUUACGCUUGUGGGAGUGAUGGAGGCCAAUAAAGCACUUACGUUUAACAUGUUUCAAUCAUAUCUUUGUGCCAAGUUAUAUAGGUGGCUUUUCAAAUGCAUAAUAUGUAAAUAGUAAUCAUUUCCAUGUAGUUUGGGGCCAAAAUCUGUAAAACAACCAUAUUUUUAUUUGUAUCUAAUCAAUCCAACGUCCAAUGUAUCUAAGCAAAAUUAAACUCAUAGAGCCCAUAAAAGCUUCCUGAAAAACUAUCGCUUUGUAAGCACAACACUGUUCUGAGAGCUUCAAAAAUAUUAAAAGCCACUAAAAGUGCCAUAACCCUGCCAAGUUUUUCCUCCAGCCUAGGUAAUAGGCAUUUUCAGUAUUUUGUUGUUAACUAUGUUACCAGAGUCAGUAUUUAUUAACAUAUAUGUAUUUGUUAGCCUGUGUACAUAUUGUAUACAAUUUGUUUUGUACUA